GACGCUGACGCGAGAGGAUGGUGGCGGCGGGAGCCUCCGCGGAAGCCGCCGAGCAGUUGAGGAGGCUGUGUGGGUUUGAGGUAUAGACAGGGACACAGCCUGCACAGCAGAUCCUGCUGGCCCUGACCUGAGAGAAUGCCUCCAUGGCUGCUUAGCUCCCUUCCGUGAUGGGCUGUGGGACAAGUAAGGUCCUUCCUGAGCCUCCCAAGGAUGUCCAGCUGGAUCUGGUCAAAAAGGUUGAACCUUACACUGGCCACAAGACUGAUGUGUAUAAGCAUUUCAUCAAAGAUGACGGAGUUGGGGCCCUUAAAACUGGAUGCCCAUCGCCCCCUUAUCACAUUCAGCCUUAUCCAGGUGCUCAUGUGGCUAACCACACAGAGCCUCCUGAGCCUCGAAGGACCAGAGUGGCCAAAUACCGGGCCAAAUUUGAUCCUCGAGUAACAGCUAAAUAUGAUAUCAAAGCCUUAAUUGGACGGGGCAGCUUCAGCAGAGUUGUGCGGGUAGAGCACAAGGCUACCAAACAGCCCUAUGCCAUUAAGAUGAUUGAGACCAAGUACCGGGAAGGGAGGGAAGUAUGUGAGUCUGAGCUGUGUGUCUUGCGCCGGGUUCGCCAUACUAACAUCAUCCAGCUCAUUGAAGUGUUUGAGACACAGGAACGUGUCUAUAUGGUGAUGGAGCUAGCCACUGGUGGAGAGCUGUUUGACCGGAUCAUUGCCAAAGGCUCCUUUACUGAGAGGGACGCCACCCGGGUACUGCAGAUGGUGCUGGAUGGGGUCAAGUACUUGCAUACAUUGGGCAUCACACAUCGGGAUCUGAAGCCAGAAAACUUGCUGUAUUAUCACCCAGGCACAGACUCCAAGAUCAUGAUCACUGACUUUGGGUUGGCAAGUGCCCGGAAGAAAGGGGAUGACUGCCUCAUGAAGACUACCUGUGGCACUCCAGAAUACAUCGCCCCAGAGAUUCUAGUCAGGAAGCCCUACACUAACUCUGUGGAUAUGUGGGCUCUGGGGGUUAUCUCGUACAUCCUGCUGAGUGGAACGAUGCCUUUUGAAGAUGACAAUCGGUCAAGGCUCUACCGGCAGAUCCUGAAGGGGAAGUAUAGUUACUCAGGGGAGCCAUGGCCCAGUGUAUCAAAUUUGGCGAAGGAUUUCAUUGACCGGCUGCUAACCGUGGAUCCUGGUGCCAGGAUGACAGCUCUGCAAGCCUUGAAGCACCCAUGGGUGGUGAGCAUGGCUGCCUCUUCAUCCAUGAAGAAUCUUCACCGCUCAAUUUCCCAGAAUCUUCUCAAGAGGGCAUCCUCCCGGUGCCAGAGCACCAAGUCAGCGCAGUCCACGCGCUCCAGCCGCUCUACCAGGUCCAACAAGUCCCGGCGUGUUCGGGAGCGGGAGCUGCGACAACUCAACCUCCGCUACCAGCAGCAGUACAACGGCUGAGUCGUCAGCUCUCCUUGCACACCCUCAGUUGUCCGCUUCCCUUCAGCCAAAGUGCUCCAGGGAAUAGGCCCAGGGAAGGGGCAGUGGGACCUGGGCCCCAGGGAGCUGGAGCAGGCACCACAGUCACCUGAGCUUCCCUUCUCAUUUGGGGAAGGGUCUGGGGCCACACAACCGAUUCCCAUCCCUUUGCCAGACAGCUGCUGUCCUAAGUGCCUUGUGCCACCUCACAGGCUGGUGAGGGCCCCUGGGGGGGCUGGGGUGCCCAGGAUUAUUUAUUAGUGCCAGAUUCUAAGGACUGCGCUCGUCUGCCCACACCCACACUGUACACAUAGGCAGUAUGUUUGUGUGUAUCAAGAGGCCCUCUCAGAUGACGAAGGAUGGUACUUCUGUUGUGUGCCUACCUUUCCUGGGAGGUUGGAGUGCUGAGUGCCUAUGACUCAACCACCUAAGAGCUUCCUGCCCAGGACACAGGUCGGGGAGGGGGACCCCUUCCUAGGCAGUCUGGAGCAAGAGGAGGGGAUUGCCGCUCAGAGUACCUUACUGGGGUAGGGUGCCUCUCCGAAGCAGAGCUCCUCAGUGCAGCUUAAAGAAAGGGGAAUGCUCUGUCCCUCCUUCUACCACCUGCCCUCCAGCCACCCCUGCCCUAUCUCCUUGCUAUUGCCCCCCCUAGAGAUGGUACUCGUGUGUGAUGUUACAUGGGCCAGGCUAUUGGCUUGAGGUAAGAGCUGUACCUCCUUGCAGGCUACAUUAUUUAGUGGUUAUGCCUCAGCUCCUCCUCAGGAGAGGUUUGAUUUUUAACCAAAGUCCCAGGCCUCCUUUUUCUUUUCCGCUCACUUGGAGCCAGAUGGGGCUGGUACAUGAGAGCUCCCUGAUGUCAAGUAAGUUUCCCUUGGCUCGUCCCCUUGGCAGGAUCUCUACCCUUAUCCCUUUCCUUCCCUUCCUUUUCUUCUCCCUCUUUUCCCUGGGAGGACCCAGCUGGCUCCGACUAUCCAGAAAUAGAGAGGGAAAUGCUGAAGUUAGAGCUGAUCUCUGUAGCAUCUGCUUGGCAUCAGAGCACCCUUUCUGAUCAGUACCACGCUUGUAACCAACAGGAAAUGGGAUUGCCUUUGUGGUGGGCUCACCUGGGCUGGAGAAAGCUGUCAGUAGUGACUCAGAGAGGAAAUGCCUGCAGGGACCCAGAGAAUCUGCCAGGAUGUGAGAGGUCUUUUCUGAGGCAAGAAUCUGCUAUCCUUUGGGGGCCUGGAGGUGGGGAUGGUAUGGGAGGAGGGCAGCUGAGCAUCCAGGUCCAGUUCAUCAAGUGAAUGGGGCCUUGCUUCCUAUAGGAUAUUCUUUUAGAUAGAAGUAUGUGUAUGUGAAAAAAAGUAAUACAGAGUCCAUGGAGCCAGCUUGGUCAUUCCAUUCUUUAAGACCACCGACUUCCUUCCCCUGGGUGGUUGUUUUGUUGUUUGUCAUUUUUAGCCAUGUCCAAUUCUUUGUGACCCCUUUAGGAUUUUUCUUGACAAAAAUACUGGAGUGGGUUGCCAUUUCCCUCUCCAGCUCAUUUUACAUUUGAGGGAACUGAGAUAAACAAGGUCAAGUGACUUGCCCAAGGUCACACAGCUAAUAAGUGUCUGAGGCUGGAUUGAAACUCAAAUCUUCCUGACUCCAGGAGCAGUGCACUGUCCACUGCACACCCUAGCUACCUGCCAUCCCUUGGGAGGGUGCUAUAAUAUGCAAGUGAUUUUCAAGGCAGAUCCUGGUACCCAGCUGAUUACAAGGAUUUAAGUGUCCUAUGAUGUCCUAAUGUUGUCCUGGCCCCCUUUCCUUUCUUUUUUUUUUUUUUUUACAUAUAAGGUAUUUUAUUUUUUCCAUUACAUGUAAAGAUAGUUCUCCCCCCUUCCUUUCAUCUGAUUUCUCCCAGGAAGUUGUAAAGGGAAACCUGACCCUUCCCUAGCUCUGGAAAGGCAAAGGGCAGGUAACCUGACCCCCAGCCAGGAGAGAAGAUUGUGGCGGGUUUUCCUGCCUGUUGGUGGGUGCUUGGGCUGGAGGGAAAAGCAGCUCCAAGAGAGGGAGAUUUCGUCUCUGUGGCCUCCACUUUUCGCCUCCCUUAGAAAACUGCGGAUGCCCUUUGCCCUUGGUCGUUUCUUCCCAUGUACCUCCCUGUGCCCUGCCUCCAUCUCCAGGGGUUCUUCCACUUACAGUCUGGGUGAGUGUUAGCUUUUCCUCCCACCCCCAGGGGCUGUCUCUGCUAUCUCAGUGUAGACCUCACGUCCCUGCCUUCUUUCCUCUACGCUCUUCAGAGCUCACCUGCCUCCUACUUUUCCCAUCAUACCCUGCAGGCAGGAUGUUUUCAGGGCUUUUUUGGCCUGUGUCAGGGUUUGCCCACUAAAUGUACCAGUCUUCCAUGGACAAAGUCUAAGUGACACCUAGUGGCUACUUGGGAUGUGGAUGGGCAGUGAACCUGGGAAGCCACCACCGUGGGGCCUGGAGCUGGAAUUCUGCAGCCUGAGGAAUAAGGGAAUUCUGGGGGAAGGGCUUAGUGAGGGCUUCAUCCAUUCAUCCAUCCCCCCACCCCACCCCCAGAAGUCUGUCCUUGAGGAAUUUCUCGUGGAACUUAGCAAUACUGUGUGAAUCUGCCCAGCUCUGCAGGGAAGGGGUGCGGGAGGCCCCAGGGCCCCUGGGUGAAGCUGCAGGCUGGGAUGGGGGGGCUGGUUCCCCCAACAUGGCCCA